AUGAAACCCAGCGGUUCGUCUGCCCGGAGUCAAGUCCCUGCAUCCGCAUACACGGCAAUCAACUACCAGGCUGUGCACUUGCUAUUCGAGUGGAUGACGUUAGGCAGAGUCCUUGCGGAAUCAGCUAGAGAUGUCCAGAGACAGUUUUGUCUCUGCCUUCAGCUCCUAGGCUUGACUUUACUUGAGAGAUACGAUGACUCUAUAGCGAAAGCUCUUCUAGGUCUGAGCGAUACAGAAAUUGUAGCCACUUUGUCCGAAGUUGACGAGAUGGAGUACCAGAGGCUCGCGUCAUUGGAUCAAGACGAUAUCGAUCUAGCCUUACAUUGCAUUGCAUUGAUACGAAUUUUACUUGAGGCAGUGGGAGGGGAAGAAGCCCAUCUGCAGCGCGAACUCUGUGACUCAAGCUACUCGGCUAAGCAAAACCAGAUUAUAUAUGGUGCAGUUAUAGGCGCCAACGGACCACGUUCGAUCCAAAAGGUAGAUACGAAGGCCCUCUACGAUGCACUUUUGGAAUCUAGACUCUGUGCCGGGCGGCCGUUGGCAAUGAGUACCAUUGAAGAUCUGCUGAAGGUCUGUUGUGCAGCGCUAGAGCCAGACUGGACAAUGAUAGAGCUUAUGUAG